CGGCGAUUUUUCUUCUCCUCCCUUGUACGUGACUGCCGAGCCUGAAAUUCUGAGCGCAGGCUGCUCUGGAGAUAUUGCUAGGCACCAGAGGGGACGUUCAUCGAGGGAAGCUGAUUUCUGGUCAGGAGUGCAUGAUAUCGGCUAGCCUUUCACGGGAGAUUGAGGCGAGGCGUUCCGGAGGGCACAUUCAUCAACAUCGACAAAAGUUCUUCAAUUUGCUUGCUUCCUCUCAACAGCACACGACAGAAUAUAAGACUCGAAUAUCAUCCAUGUGAGAACUCAUCCACAGGAGAAGCGGGUGUUCUUGGCGCUCUCGCUUCCAGUUCUGUAGUUAUACUGUAGCUCCUUCUCCUGUCGUGCCUUCCCUUCCUGCAUCCAUACCUAGCUACCUAUUACCUAUUACCUAUAUAAGGCGCCUUUCCAGUUGGACGGUAAUGCAGUUCUCCCACCAACCUUGUGAGUAGAGAAAUCGAGACUCGAUAUCGACCAGCAAAUCAUGGCAGCAAGCCUGCUGUCUGACGGCCGGGACGGUAAAGACUUCAUGGAGAGGCUUCGUAGUUCGUUGACGAUUGAUAUCAAGUGCCCAGACACAGCCAACAAUCCUGUUACUGUGCGAGUUCCGGAAGCCCUUGGGUGUUCACUCUCAAGCCGGAUAUCCACCUUGGUUGGCAAUGGAGUUCACAAACGCCGGGAGAUAUCAAUUCAAGAGCUUUUGGGUGGCCAGAAGUCAUUCAUGGAUCUCGAUGACCAUCUCGCCUGCAAUGGUGACCGCAACAUCUUGGACUAUCUUACUUGGUUCGUUCAGUGGCUCUACACUGCAAAGCUGAACUACGACAAGGACUUGCGCUUCUUCGAGAUGUGGCUCUUUGCUUCCAAGAUCGAAUGUCCUAAACUUCAGAAUGCGGCUGUGGUGAUGCUCAGUCGUGACGCAUUAUGGCGUUCGAGUGUCUCUCUUGAAGAGAAAAAGCGGCAGUACUACUUUGCCAAUAGUGAUUUCUACGAAAGCCUCACUUACUGUGUUGGUCCAUUCAUCUCUAAGAAAACCAAUCACACUGAUGGGUUUGAGAAAGACGGGAAGCUCGAGGUCUCAUAUUGGGAGGACAAGAAGUGUUGGCUCUUUCUACUGGAUUGCGCAGCGUACUUCGGCCCUGGCGAUCGUCGAGUUCGCAGUGUCUUCGGAGAAAGUGAAACUCUUGAUAUCCAGAUCAUAAAGCGUAUGAUUGAUCUUGCUAAAGAAGGAGGCGAAGCAUGCCCAUGGGAUGCGAAAAACAUUUCCCGAUAUUUCGUUUCAGAGCCGGCCCGGAGGGGCGAGGUGAAGGAAGAAGGAUCGAUGCUGCCACCUCCUCUGAAGCAUGGGUUGAGUUCUACCGUCUCCAACGAGAGUAAUAAACGCCCAAAGAUUUCUACAGCUUCUAAGCAGCGCAUGGCAGUGGUUGGAUUGGAGCACAGCCCACCGAUGCGGCCAGUAACACCCCUCAAUUUUUCACAGGAUGAGCCAGCUUGAAAUACCACUCUACAUAUCCGCUUCAAGGCACCAACUCUCAAAGAGUAGCCCUCCGUACGUUCCUCGGAAGUACUCAUCCUGAUUGGUGAAUAUUAAGGCUAUAUUCUUCGUUACUAAUCCUUGCACUGGGCUGUACGUGAGCAUAUCAGAAAUCAUUAGCAGGGGUAUAUGUUUUUCUUUCUUUAAUGGCGCUAUUAUUUACGUGUAUUGCUUUUUUUGGGAGCUUCAUGGUUUGACGGAUUUCAAGACUGAAAGCUGAUUGGCGGUGGAACAAGUUUAGCUAGGUAAAAAUGUUUAAACACUGCUCACCGAAACUUUUUGCUUCGAGACUGACAGUAUUACCAAUACCGCAGAGCUUUUGAG